GAAUCCCGUCGAGAGAAGAGGACGCUAUCGUGAGAAGAGGAUGCCAUCGUGACGAGAGGACGCCAUCAUGAGAAGAAAACGCCAUUCAGAGAAUAGGACACCAUCAAAGGAAAAAGAUCCCAUCAAGGAGACGGGAUGCAAUCGAGGACGAAGGACACUGUUUAGAAAAGAGGACACUAUCAAAGGAGGAGGAAGCCAUCGAGGACGAAGACGCUACCGAAGGAUGUGGAUGCCAUCAAGGGACGUGGACGCCAUCGAGGGAUGUGGACGCCAUCGAGGGAUGAAGAUGCCAUUGAAGGAUGUGGACGCCAUCGAGGAACGUGGACGCCAUCGAGGGACGUGGACGCCAUCGAGGGACGUGGACGCCAUCGAGGGACGUGGACGCCAUCGAGGGACGUGGACGCCAUCGAGGGACGUGGACGCCAUCGAGGGACGUGGACGCCAUCGAGGGACGUGGACGCCAUCGAGGGACGUGAACGCCAUCGAAGGAUGUGGACGCCAUCGAGGGACGUGGACGCAAUCGACGUAAGAAAAUGGUAUCGAGGGAACGGGACACCAUCAGGGGCAGAAAACGUUGUUGAGCGAAUAGGUCGCCGACCAGGAAGCACGACGCCACCAAGAGAAGAUGACGCUAUUAAGAAGAUGUGAUGGCAAUUAACUUAAAUGUCAUAAAAUCAAAAGCUUAUUGUUGACAAGAGAAUUGAUC